AUGGAGGGCGACGAGAACCGUUCACCACUGCGUUGGUCGCCGCCGUCCUCAGCCGCACUAGUCGCGGCUGCGCUAGCACCACCAGCGCUCCGACCCUGGCUGCCUGACCCGCCCACAAAGAAGACUAACCAUCUGGUUCUCCCAGGCCUAGUGUGCGUGGUGUGCGGCGAUACCAGCUCCGGGAAGCAUUACGGCAUCCUGGCCUGCAACGGAUGCAGCGGGUUCUUCAAGCGCUCCGUCCGACGGAAACUCAUCUACAGGUGUCAGGCGGGCACUGGCCGCUGCGUUGUAGACAAGGCACAUCGGAACCAGUGCCAGGCCUGCCGACUCAAAAAAUGCCUCGCCAUGGGCAUGAACAAAGAUGCGGUACAGAAUGAGCGCCAACCUCGCAACACUGCCACGAUCCGACCAGAGACGCUGAGGGAUAUGGACCAAGAACGCGCUCUGAGAGAAGCUGCGGUGGCAGUAGGUGUUUUUGGACCUCCAGUAUCAUUAGCUAUGGCGCUAUCGCCGCAGCGGUACCCACUGCUGUCCCCGCACUACCCACCGCUACCGCCGCCCCAACCACAGCCGGACUCCUCGCGCGACCACGAGGAGCGGCACCAUUCCGACAGCGACGAUGACAGUAUCGAUGUCACCAACGAGGAAGAUUCAACGUCCUACUCGCCGCCCGCCGCCAACCUCGCCGCCUAUCCUCAAAACUGCGGGCCUUGCAGGUUAAUGUUAAUGCAAUUACCGCUUGGAGUGGAAAGCGCGGCAGAGACAGCAGCCCGGCUGCUGUUCAUGGCCGUCAAAUGGGCCAAAAACCUGCCUUCCUUCGCUAGCCUCGCCUUCAGAGACCAGGUUAUACUGCUGGAGGAGGCAUGGUCGGAGUUGUUUCUGCUAAACGCAAUCCAGUGGUGCCUGCCGCUCGACGCGGCGUAUCUUCUAAUACAUAUUUCAUAUCUAUCAGAAUCUGGAGCGGGCUCAGGCGUUUUGCGGCGACUGCGCGAGGUGCUGGGCCGGUACCGCGCAGUGCUGGUCGACCCGGCCGAAUUCGCUUGCAUGAAGGCCAUCGUACUCUUCAAAUCUGAGACACGUGGUCUCAAGGAUCCCCUGCAGAUCGAGAACCUCCAAGACCAGGCGCAGGUGAUGUUGAUGACGCACGCCCGCGCGGCGCACGCGGCGGCGCCCGCGCGCUUCGGCCGCCUGCUGCUGCUGCUGCCGCUGCUGCGCCUCGUCUCCCCGCACCAGCUCGAGAGGGAGUUCUUCGCCAAGACCAUCGGACAGACGCCCAUGGAGAAGGUGCUAGCUGACAUGUAUAAAAAUUAGCUUUACAUUGAUUGUUUUCUGUGAAGGAACUCGGAUU